UACCAUAAAUUUGAUAGGGCAAUUCCUCCACUAAACCUAUACACACCUCUACAAGUAACAAUAAAAAAAUUAAACCACUCCUUUCUUCCACACACAAAACAAGUUGAAGUAAUUAUUUUCUGAUCUUAUUAGUAUAAUUAUUGUUCCUUUACAGAUAGAUAAGGCCAUAAAUAGGCACUAUUAGAGAAAUGACAUGCUUAUUUCUUCUCACCUUCCUAGUCUUUUCCUUCUAUCAAACCACUCUCAUUCAUCAAUUCCCUUGCACUUCUCACCAUCCUCUUAUUAACCUUGUUGAUUUCUCUUCUUAAGAGCUAAAAUUUAUCACUUUUUUUCACUUCAUUGCAUAAAGAAAAUCCUGUUUUAGAAGGUUGAAUUUAAGAUAAGAUAUGGGUUUGAGUUCUAAGCAAGUUUCUAGUAGAGGUGUUGAUUGGAACCAAACAUUGUUGCAAGAUCAAAACUUGGAACUUCCAAAGACUCUUCCCAUGAGGAAACAACAGCAACAAAAUCACCAACUAGAGGCAGUGAAUUGUCCAAGAUGUGACUCUACAAAUACCAAAUUUUGUUACUACAACAACUAUAACAAGUCUCAACCUCGCCAUUUCUGCAGGGCUUGUAAGAGACAUUGGACUAAAGGUGGUACUCUAAGGAAUGUUCCUGUUGGUGGUGUUAGGAAGAAUAAGAGAGUCAAGAUAUCAACCUCUAUUAGCACCACCUCAAAAACUACUAUUAGCACCUCCUUCACCACCACCUCAAAUGCCAAUAGGCUGAAUAAAAAAAACACACCUUCUUCUAUGCAUGAAUCUCUUAUUCAUCCACCAUCUUUUUUGCCACCACAGAAUCUAAUCAGUACCAAAGAUCAAUCAGAAGGUAAUAAUGAAGAGUUUGGUAUUGGUAAUGGCAUGUUUCUGAGUUCAUCUAUGCCCUUUCAUCAAAACCAAAGCUUUAUAUUCCCAUUCUCAAACUCAAGCACUUUAAGGUCAAAUAAUGGAUAUAACUAUGGUGAUGAAGAGUUUAAAAUAAUGGAGGAGUCAACUAUUAACAACAGUGCAAUGCCAAGCACUAGUGGUAGUGGCACUAUUACACAGCCAUGGGAGAUACCUGCAACAAGUAGUGGAAUGGAUAUGUCAAACUAUUGGAGUUGGGAGGAUAUUGAUUCUUUGGUCUCAACUGAUCUAAAUGUUCCUUGGGAUGAUUCUGAUAUCAAACCUUAAAAAAAAACGAACCGGACAGUUCAACCGACUUUUAUUGUGGUUUGGUUAUUUUGGCAGUUCGAUCACGGGCGGUUCAACACGGUUGAAUCAUGAUCUAGAAGUCUCACCUGUUCGAUGUCCAGUUCAGGUUUUAAACCAUUGCUUUGAUAUAAAAAAAAAAAAAUGAUUUGUUAACACAUGGUAGUUUAGUUUCUAAUGUCCAUAGGUUAGUUAUUUACUUGGGGUGUUGUGUUUUUGAUACAGAUUAGUAAGUGUUCUUGUUCUCAUAUGGAACAUAUUAUGCAGUGGUGUAUGAGUAUUUGGAGCUGACUUAUUUUAGUUUCAGCUUCAGAUUCAAGCAAGAGGGUCUAAUUAAUAUUAAUGUAAUCCACUGUGUUUACCUACUUA